GCAAAGUAAGAGCAGCUGAAUACAGUUGAGCAGAAGAAUAAAAAUGGCUUCUUGGACGAAAUUCGCUCGCUCCUUUUCCAGAAAAUAUUCGACUGCCGCUCCUAAAUUUGGUGGUACUCAUGGCGUUACAGAGCAAACGCAAUUGCUGUGGAAGAGGCUCUCGUAUUUCGUAGGCUUUCCAGCGAUAGCUCUGGCUAUGCUCAAUUGCUAUUUGAAUCAUCAGGCACAUCAUGAUGAUGAACGUCCAGAAUUUGUUGCAUACGAACACUUGAGGAUGAGAACCAAGAAAUUUCCAUGGGGAGAUGGUAAUCACAGCCUUUUUCAUAAUCCUAAAGUGAAUGCUCUACCCGAUGGUUACGAAGACUAAGAAGUGGUUCUUCUAGAUGUGCAGAAACAGCGGACGUCUAGUCAACACAACAGUUCCGUUCAAACUGUCGACAUUUCUUCAACCCUUGAAACACUUGAGACCAUCGUGAUCGAACUGAGAAUUGGGACUCACAUAAACAUGAGGAAGGAGGGCAAAGUGACACAAAAACUAAGGCAAAAAAUUACAGUGGUGAGAGUGAAUUCUUUCAUCGCGUACAACUAAGGACCUCUUCCUACUUGACUUGAAAGUACGUAUCUAU